UGUACUGCUGACUGUUAUACUGUUCACUGUUGUAGUAGUUCUCUGUGAAAUCUCACUGAUCGGGCGCCUGCUGCAUGAUAGCGACGACAGUCACAGAGUGCGCUUUGCUGGUCAGCUCUUGCCAAUGCUGCAGAUAGUAGUAGUGGGGCUGUGGAGCGCACUUGCAGCUUGACGACUAGUGCGCUAAAACAAAAAUCUCCGCUGAAGCAGGCUGUAAGCGCAACGCUGGACCUCGACUGAGUACUGCUGCUGGACUGGCUGCUUGGGCUCGGUUGUGUUCAUUGCUCUCUGCUAGUGGAUCUACUGCUGUUGCUGGCCACUAGUAACAGACUGUAGAGCACUGCUCUACGGUAGUAGUACUGUGUUAGAAGUUGCAGAUCUACAACUCGUGCUGUGGUGGAGAAGCAGAGGACGGUAGCCGGCCAAUACUCAAUAGUGUAGCUGUUGUCGUUGCUGCUGCUCCUGCACGCAGUGCUGUGCUGCUGCCUUUGUUUGGCGGCGGGAUUAGGUUUGCCGUUUCUUUGUGCGAGGCCUCGGCUUAGGCAUGGUGGCUUGCGGGGACCAAUACUCAUUGCUGGAGCGGCAUCAAUCCUUCAGGUAGUGGUCCUGUACCACCAUUACCAGCAGCUUCUGUAGCUGUUGCCGUCAUGUCGGACGAUCGGCUUUUGCUAGCUCUGAGAGCUAAUGAGAUGCUUGUCCGGGCGGGUCUUAGAUCUGACUGGAUGCCGCUGGGUGAGAAGGGUAGCGGGCAGGUCGAUGUUAGAGUAAUGGAACGAUCUUCAUCCAAAGUCUACUGGCUAAUAGUACAAACGCCUAGUAUUGACGAGGACAUUAGCCAGGCCGACGAAGAAGCGGAGGAUUCUCUGUAUGCUGAUGCGUACGCGGACGUGGACGUACAGGGCCAGAAAGAGUUGUUGCGUUGUAAGGUCACAACUUCUCUGGAAUACUCCGUAGCCAACAGCAAGUUCCACUACUUCGGCGAUUCCAGCACGGAGUACGGCCUGAAAUUCCAAUCGGAAAAUGACGCUCUGGAAUUCUCCAACAAGAUCAUCAGCAUCAAGUCAACCCUCCUCAAAGCCAACAGAAAGCGUAAGAAGAAAAAUGAACGCAUCAUCCGCAGGGAGCAGUUCCAGGCAUGCGAGAAGAUCGACGAGGAGGCGGAGCCUGCUGCAGGUGAAGCGGUUGCAACUGUUGGUGCCUCGCCGUCUCCAGCGCUCACCAUCAAAGAAAGGGAGAGAGAGCAGCAGGCUGAGAAGGAUCACGACAGCAUUGGCAGCGGGCAUGGUCAAACACCUCCCAUCGUAGACGCAGAAUCACGCCAUGUGCCAGCGCUUCCCCGUGGCACACAGGUCGUGGACGAAACCUUCCUAGGACCGUAUGUUCAAUUCUAUCCUCCGAAUGAUCCUGUCACACAAGCUGAAGCUGAGGCGGCCCUCAUAAAGGCUAAGCUGGAGGAAAUAUCCAGACCCAUCCCUGAGGAAGGCGCUCCUCACCCUUAUGCUAAGAUUGAGGGUGACGAUGCGGGCGAGGAAGAAGAAGAAGAAGGCCCCAGUGGAAACGGCCGAGGUAGUAGCGAUGGUGGCGAGCCUGUGACGACGACGAGACGCAAUGGCACGGUACUACCUGUGCCCAGUACUGAGCCAGUUGUGGUCAGGCGACAGCCGGCACGAUCCAUUGGUCUGGCAUCAUCAUCGUCAUCGAGCACUAGCAAUAGUACGCAUGUCGACGGCGAUGCACAUCGCCAGGCGCCUGCGCCUGCAACGCAACCACGUAGCUCGCUGCAGACAUCACAUCCGAAGUUGCGCCGCCAACACCCACCGAUCGAAGUCCACCAGAGCAUCCAGAAACAGAUCGAUGAGCACAAACAGUGGAUAACGAAACAGGAGCAGGAGCUCCAGUUCUAUGAAAGAAAACGAGAGGAGCGCCAUCGCGAGCAGAGAAAGAGUAAUUCUGGGAGUGUUGUGUCGACAGGCAGUGAGACGAAUGGAAGAAGAAUAUCGAACUUGUCACAGAUUGGCGCGUUGCACAGCGAGGAAGUGCGGAGAAAAGCGCAGGAAGAGAAACACGAGAAGCCGGUGAUCACAGAACAGCCGCUUAGUGCAAACACAAGUACUCCCCCCGCCCCUUCACAGAGCCAUGCUCGGCUUGAGUGUAUGCAUUGCGGACAGUUCUAUUACGCCGACUCCAACCGGACGGGCGAUUGCGAAGACGGCCCGAGCAAGUGCAAGAGUUGCGUGCACUUUGUCAGCUGUCUAGAGCUCGCUUCCUGCAUCACCUACUGGUGCGCUAGUGAUGAGGAGAAUGAGUUUGUCUUCCCGUUCCAGUGCAGUCCGAACAGCGACGAAGACCGCGUGUGUUGUCGCCGGUGGACUGCACUGUGCAUCGCCGGCAUCUGCUGCCCGUGCAUAUUCUGCUACUGGCCGCUGCGUAUUUCCAUGGACAUCGGUGGCAGCCUGCAUAUUUGCGGCGCUGCGCACGAGCAAGAACUCAAGCCGGAAGAAGCCUUUCCGGCACCGCAUAGAACAAAGUCGGACUACCCAUCCACACACCAGCGGCCACCAAGAUGAUCACUGACUACACCCAGACUUCAAUUCUUACAGGAGUGCACCAUAGACUUUUUUCUGGGUCUCCUUUUUACUUCUUUGUUGAGAGUUCUAUGUUAACCUAUGAGGAGGCUAGUAGGAUAGCGUUAUGGAAUACUACGAGUUGAGAUUUGCCGCUCUUGAAGAAUCUCUGAUCAACGGCAUCGUUGCCCAUCUAAUUCUAUUUCUAUUUUUGAGCUAUAUAUGACCGACCAACUGCACCUUGAGACAGCACAGGCCCAGCCCCGCCUACUCGUUACCCUGUGCUUUACCCUGUGCUAUUUUUGUCUUCUAUGAAGCGUCUACUAUGGCAGUUACACAUCGUGAGAUUAUCUCCAUCACCACACUAGCAGCGGGUGUGUUCUCUCUUCUUUCUCCUCUCUCUCUCUCUCUCUCUCUCUCUCUCUCUCUCUCUCUCUCUCUCUCUCUCUCUCUCUCUCUCUCUCUCUCUCUCUCUCUCUCUCUCUUGCACUCGGCUUCAGUAUAUUCUAGCCUCUAUUUUAGCAGUUCACUACUGUCUCUGUUAUCGUGACGACGCUCUGCUAUGGAACUUUUUUUCUCCUUCUCUAACUCAGUACUCAUCGUAUAAGAGUAUUAUGCAGAAACAAA